CAAAAUCUUUAAGAAAAUACAUCAAUCAGGGCGGUUGUAUCGUCUUUUAUGUGUUUUUUUUAUAAAAAAAAAAACAUCUGGUAAUUAAUAUUGGAAUCCUACGAAGUUGUCUACAAGAUCGAUGGCCCCACCACUCGGCUUUAUUUUUAUUGCUCUCAGUUCAUUAGGAUUAUGCGCUGAAACUGCCAACGUGACAUGCGGUGAAAGAGUGGAGUUUACAUGCAACCAAACAGAUUCGAACGGAGCCUGCAGUAACCUGACAGAAAUAAUAUCAUUCGGAAACUGGACUGCAGAUGAAGAUGGAUUCAUUGGAAACGUCACGGUAACUUCAGCAAGAACAAAGGAUUUUCUUCAGCCAAAUACUGGAACAAGAACCUGGGUAUCAGCAACAGGACAAAAUUGCAGUAUCGAUCCAUGUACGGAACCCAACCCGUGUCUUAACGGAAAAUGUACUCCGUUGGAUGGAGGACCUAAAUUAUUUGAGUGCGAUUGUAACAAUGGUUAUUCAGGAGAUUGGUGUGAAGUACCUGACAAGUGUGGAGAAUCGAAAUGUGACGAAAAUGCAGACUGCAGAGACGAAAAAUGUUAUUGCAGAGAUGGAUAUGGUGGAGAAGGAACUUACUGUACACCCGUUUGCACUGAUAUAUCGUUCACCAAUACGGAUAAAUUUGAAGGAUGUGCAGGAGUCGGAAAAUUAGAUUUUAAGAGCGUAUUUGAUAAUCAAAGACAAUAUUCAAACCAGAGGUGCAAUAAUUCCGAACCUCGUCCAAUCGGUUACAUUGAUUGUGUAACUAUUGUUGAAGACGGCAAGAAUGUAUCAAAAUUUGAUACUAACUCAUUGAAGUGCUUGGAAUGCAACGCAACCAUUCAAAACACUAUAAUCAGACCGGAGGAAGCGGAAAAUCUCACUAGCGAUGUGGUCAAAGAAUACGUUGAAAAGCUACAAAUAUUGACUGAACCACCAAAUAAACCUGAACAAGAUAUUACUGAGGUGGUAGAAAGCUUAGAGACAAUUUCUAAAAUACUGGUUGAAAGCAAUACCGGUGAACUGAAUGAAACUAAGCCCAAAAUACAGAUCGACAUCCCAACAAUGCAAAACGUGUUGUUGAUUGUAAGUCACAUAGGAAAAGAACUCCCAAAUGUUGACACGAAUUCAAAGGUGACCAGGGACGAUCUUGAACCAACGGCAGAUUUUUCAGAAAAAGAUCAAAAUGUCAAAACACAAACUCAAAAAGGUGUAAAGAUUAUCGAUGAUUUUGCUCGAGCUGUGAAUCUCACUGGACGAAACGAAAUUGAAAUCGUGACAAACAACAUGUCUCUUGUGAUCUCGGAGCCACCGGAAGAUGUAGAACUUGUGUACGAACCGGAAGCUUUUGUGCCCGAAUCUGAGGCCGAUAAAGAAACCAGUGGCAAGCCCGAAUCUGAGUCACAGGUAGCAAAGAAAAAGACUAUAACGUUGACGAUACCAAAGGAUGCCGUCGCAAAAAUGAGAAAACUGGCUCUUGCAUCUGGGAGCAAAACCAUGCGUGUUGUACUGGUAUUGUACCAAGAUGCCAGAAUGUUAACAUUUGAUAAACGAACUGGAAAGGUUAUACAAGCAUCAUACAAAUCGGGAGACGAAACAGAAAGCGGGCCAACAUCCAUCGGAACCUCAUUUAGUCUCCGAUUUAGUGAGCCCAACAAAAAAACUCCAACUCAGGAAAAACAGCUGGAACAUACAAACAUGAAAAUUGUUGAAACCUAUUUUUGUGUAUUUUACGAUUUUAUGCUACAAGACUGGUCUGACGAAGGAUGCACAUUCGAUACAGAAAAAUGGAAGGAAUUUGAUGUCUAUGAGUGCAGCUGUACCCAUUUCACUAGUUUCGCUCUUUUACUGCGUAUAACAAAAGUGCUUGAUGACUUCUCCACAGAUUACUACAGUAUAGUCCUUUGUUCAAUAUCAGUGGUUUGUCUUGUGAUCACUGUUAUUAUUUAUCUUUCUGUUCGUGAUCUGAGAGUCCGUCGCCCAACUCCCAUCAUGGUAAAUAUCUGUCUGAAUUUGGUGAUUGGGUUUUUGUUCUUUCUCGUUGGGAUGGACGGAAAAAGGAAAAAUUUUUCCGACGCGGCAUGUUACACAUCAGCAAUCAUAAUGCAUAUAAGUUUUCUAGGCUCGUGGUUUUGGAUGUUGAUUUACUCAUUGAACAUGUACUACGCCCUAGUAAAGAUUGUAGGUGCCUCUCCUCUCGUCAGCAAGAAGGCGUUUAUGUACACUCUUGGAUAUGGUGUACCUGUGUUAAUUGUCGUGAUCGAUCUCAUCGUAUCUUUGGAAGUGGAUAAAACCAGAGGAAUGAACGAUUCCUCAUUCGAAAAAAGUUACAUUGCAACACACAUUUGCUGGAUUCGUCAUCUGUCUAUGUACAUUGCUUUCACUGGUCCUGUCGGCGUCAUUCUGUUUAUAAAUAUGAUAUUGUUUUUCAUAAUUAUACGGAAACUGACUUGGAAAAGACAAGAAAUUCAGUCAACUAAAGAAAGGGCGAAUUUAAACCAGCAGAUCCUAAUGGCAAUAACAAUGAUGUCAAUGAUGGGAUUGACUUGGAUCUUUGGUUACCUAAUGCUCGUAUCAGAAGACCCAGGCUACCAGACAGCACUAGAAGUACUGUUCAACAUAUUCAAUACAUGCCAGGGAAUAGUGAUAUUUUGUAUGAGCUGUGUGAGACAAAAAGGAGUCCGUGAUUUGUGGGUCGGACCGAUUCGAAGAUUUUUCGGAUGUCAUCAACGGAAGAAGGCCAAAGGUAUGAAAACCCUCAAUGAAUCGACGACCAAUGCAUCCCAAGGAUAUACUGGAAUGACGACGCUUCCUCGCUUGAGCAAAGAUGUUAAUUCUACCACCGCCUUGUAACUAUAUAGUAAGCUUUGAAUCGCAUGAGGUAUAUUGGUGUUUGGAAAAAUAACUUUUUACCAACUUGUUUUUGAACCAAAAUUGAUAAGUACUAAUAUAACGAUUUUGAAUCACUCGCCAAUAUUGAGACAAGAAUUUCAUCGUAUACAUUUCACGUGGAUGAACCCUCGCAAAUAAAAAACACCGAGAACUUUAUUUACUUCUAUAACAAACUAUAUUAACCACUAAUAAAUUUCAGUUGCCUCUCAUUAUGAUACGUCUGUAUGCUUUCUAUAUUUUUCAUUUGAAUGCAGUUAUUGAUAUUUUGUGUUUACUCACAUAUUAUUAUGUGAAUAUAAGUAUAACGUUAGGUAAAAGUUCAGAUCUUUGUUCAUGUGAAGUUUUUGAAAUUAAGUUUCAAUUAAAGUAAAAUUUGUGACUUCAUUCUUUGUUAAUUUAUAUGGGUUUUUGUAAAAUAUUAUAAGAAUUUAAUGAUAAAACGUAACAAUUAGAAAACAGUAUCGAACCAUCGAAUUAUUAUGUAAAAUGACAGUGGAAAAAAUCUAUACUACAUUUGUUGGAAUAACUCAGUUAGUUAUGAGAAAAAUUGCACGGUAUAAACCAAAUCAGUAAUAAAAUUACAGAAUUUGACAGGCAAUGUAAAACAAGAUGAACAUUUAUAUUUUGAUAAGUAUCAAAUAUAAACCGAAAAAUAGUUUAAGAAUUUACUUGGUCAUUUUACGAAAAUUUAGUAGCGCUUUAUUUAUUAGUUUAUACUAUUACUCACAUUUUUAUCAGGAUUUUCUGAUUUUUAUUAGUAUUCUUUUGCUCCAACGUUGUUUUUGGACGAAGCGUCAAAAUAGAUCUAUAAACAUUGAGCGUUCCAGUAUAUAUAUAUAAUGAAAAUAUAACAAAUGCUUUUGAGUGAAAUUUUAGACUCUUUUCUCUAUUAAAUAAAUCAAUGCGGCACUGUUAAGUGCGCACCCAUCAAUGUAUUUAAAAUGUCAUCGGCUUAUAUCGCCCUCGUUCUUUAAAGCAGUACUAUAUAAGAGAAGAUCGUUAUAUAUAUUCUAUUAUUAAUUAUACAACACAUUACGUUGUUUUAUGCAUUACGUUGUUUUUCAAGUUAUUUUAGUUUUUGAAAUCAAAUGUAAAAAGUAUAAUUUUGUUUGUAAUAUAAGUGAUUAUUCCGCAGUUCAAGGUAAA